AUGGCACAGUGGAUUGGAUAUAUGGUUUCAAUUAGAUGUAUAGACGAUGUGGGUACUUUCCAAGGAGAAAUAAUAUCAGCCACAAAUACUCUGAUAACUUUGACAAAGGCUUUCAAUAAUGGUUUUCCCUGUCCAGAAAACGAGGUGAAAAUAAGAGCUGAUCAUAUUGUUGACCUGAAGUUGAUUGACAAACAAACUGAUAGUACUGUGGAACGCAGUACUGUUACAAUAGCAAAGCCAGUUGCUAAGAGAGCUGGGAGAACUCACAGCACCUCUGAGAGUCACAAUAUCAGUUUAAACAACAGAUUUUCUAUGCCCAAUUUGGGUCAACCUAAAUCCAAACCUAUUGAUAUUGAAGUGAAACACACUGCUGAUACUGCAUCAAAUUCCUUCAAAAACAAUACACCCAAUAAGAAAGAAAAAAGUAAAGGGAAAUGGGUGAAAGGUUGGAAAGAUGAGGAAUGCUUUGGAUCACCUAUGGAUCAGAAUAAUAUAAGCAAGGACUUUGAUUUUGAGAAGAAUUUAGCUUUGUUCAAUAAACAGGCUAUCUGGGAUGAACUCAAUGCUCAAAAACCUGAUGUAGUGAGGCAUACUGAUAACAAAAGGACAACAAAGUACAGGCAUGAUGAGAAUGUGAUAGCCACCCUUCCAACCUCCUAUCGUCAAAUAACUGUCCCCAAACAAGAUUUCUGUGAAUAUGUCACAGAUGAUGGACUCAUAAUUCCCAGUGUGUCACGGGUCCUCAGAAAAAAACUGUGGGAGGUGGCUGAAAGAGUGGGACUAACAUGGGAGAAGAGGAUUGAAUUGAUAGGAAGGGCUGCCACAGAGAUUUCCAUCCAAUUGCUGGGUGGUGGGCACAGAUUGAAUCCACACAAUACACAUCAAUGGCCCACUGUUGUGGUGUUGUGUGGGCCUCACAAGCAAGGAGCAGCGGGUGUCAACACAGCGAGACAGCUGGCCAGCCAGGGCGUCCGAACCAUCGUGUACACUGUCUCGAGCGAGGCGUCCUGCAUCAAGAAGGAGAUCGCCCUGUACUCACUGACCAAAAGCAAGCUGUUCAACGACAUAUCCGACCUACCGAACACCACCGAUCUGAUCAUCGUGGCGCUUUGCGAGGACACGGAAAACCCGAAGCACUAUCCGCUGCUCUCCGAAUGGGUGAACAGGAACAGGGCCCCCAUACUGGCCUUGGACCCCCCGACCAGCGGCACCCCGGGCAUAGUCCCUAAAUUUUCGCUGCUGCCGGUGUUGCCGCUGCCGCAUUCCUCCAGCAACGGCAAGCUCUAUCUGUGCAACCUCGGGUUCCCCGUGGACAUUUUCAACGAGGUGGGCAUCAAGUACAAAUCCCCGUUCGGGCCGAAGUUCGUCAUUCCGUUGCACCCCAAAGACGACUAGCGAAGAAGUGAGUAACGAUUUCUGUUGCCUCAUCGUACGGGCAGAUUAAUGUUUUUAUUUUUUCGACUGAUUCGCAACUGUUUUUAGAGUGUUGUCUAGGUUGAAUAUUGACGGUGAACCUGUAUAAUUUUCGUAUUUCGAAAAUUUAUAUUGAUGCAUAUUUGAAAAAUCCAAGUAGGUACAGGGUCAUUGCGUAUAUUUAAUCAGCUUCUACAGGGUUCAUCAUUGAAGAUA